CGAUCCUGUCCAGUUGCUCCGGGGACAGAGGAGCAGGAGACGGUCUGGACGGCUCCGGAUUCACCGCUGAGGACUUCUGCUUCUUCUGCACAAUUUUAGUGUAGUGGGCAAAACAUAGAGCAGCUCCACGGAGUGCCACAGACAACAGGUUACUACCAUGGAAAAGUGUGUGAUGAAACACUCCUGCUCCAAUGAUGCCGAAAGUCCCCAGAAGAAGAUCAAACUGGAGAGUGAUGACACUGUGAAGCAGGAGGAGGAUGAUGAUGAAGAAGAGUUCUCUGAUCCUGUUCCUUGGCAGAAAAUAGAGGCAGAGGGAUUAGACUGUGAUUAUGCUUUGCUGUUCUCCAAAGAGGAAGCAGACCACCUUUUUAAACAGCUGGAGAAGGAGGUGGUCUACGCAACAGGAGAAGAAGCAAAGGUGCAGGUGUUCGGGAAGGUAUACAAUAUACCGAGAAAGCAGGCCACAUAUGGAAAUGCAGGCCUUGCCUACACCUACUCUGGAGUGACACGUUUAGCCUGCCCGUGGACUCCAACCUUGGAAUAUAUUCGGGAUGCUGUCACGAAAACAACUGGACAAACAUUUAACUUUGUUCUGAUCAACAGGUACAAAGAUGGUCACGAUCACAUGGGUGAGCAUCGUGAUGAUGAAAAGGAGCUGGACCCCCUCUGUCCCAUCGCCUCCGUCUCCCUGGGAGCUCCACGAGACUUUAUCUUCCGGCACAGAGAUGCUCGGGGAAAACAGGGCCACAGACAGAUCGAGCCUGUGAAGCUUGAGCUUGCUCAUGGAAGUCUGCUCCUCAUGAACUCACCGACCAACACUUUCUGGUACCACAGCCUCCCUGUUCGCAAGAAGAUUUCCUGUCCUCGAAUCAACCUCACCUUCAGACGCAUCCUGCAGGACAGAAAGAAAUGACCAGUCAUGGAUUAUCACCCAGGCCGAUGGGGCCAGUUCCCAUUAAGUCUCUGAGGAAAGGACCCCAGUUUAGGCUGAAUGGAGUACAAGACUCUUGCUGUCAUUGGUAUCAUGGACAAGUAUCAGAAAUCUAAAAUGUGUUUAUGUAGCACCUGAAUCUACGUGACUAUACGACAGAACAAGGUGGAGAGUGAACACAUUUUACAGUGUGAACCAGUGGUUAGAAAUGACAGAGGCCCAAACCUCUGACUGACUCAAGUUCAAACUACCACUUCAGCUACUUUCAUGAAAUUAAGUCUUGUAAAGCAGCUGGCAAUGUUCCUGAAGAAAUGAGCAAUAAAAUCAACAACUAUAAACAA